AUGGUUGAAGAAAGGGACAAGGAAAACAUCAGCCCUAGUUUGCUAACCCAACCAGAUACUAGACAGGAGUUUGAACCAAUAAUACAAAAGGAGAGAGAUUCAUCUAACGAAACUCAUGCAGCCUUAUCCGUGGAUGAUAAAUCUAUUCCGAGCACAUAUAAACAACAGCAGGCUAGUACACCAAAUUAUUAUAUUUCACCAAUCCAAAGUGACCAAAGUGACUUUGAUAACUCAGAUGAGGAUCCCAAUUUCCAAUUGAAUAAUAAAAGUAAGACACUAUCUAAGAUCGUACCUUUUGGUUCAUUGCUGUCUUCAUCCAGCAUUAACAGUUGUAACUCUAAGAGCUCAUCACGUUCUAAUAGCUUAUCAGACACCGAAGAUGAUAGUGCGCAUUUACAGCUUGACCCUCAAAAUACUACGGUAGCUGAAAUUAAUUCCCAAGACCUCGUUAUAAGAGAAAAAAGGAUUGAGUCUCACUACUUGAGAGCUAAAACGAAAAGACAGUAUAUUUCAAGUAAGAAAUCAUUGGCGGAUAUCUACAGACAUUACAAACAACUUCGUGAAAAGGAUGGUUUAGCUAUUGCCACGUCUUCCACAUUCAACAGGAUAUUCAACACUGAAUUCAACAUUUCUUUUUUCGUACCAAAAAAAGAUCAAUGCAUCCUGUGCGAAAGGCAUAAGAAUUCAGACUCAGAAGAAAAACGCAACUUAAGCCAAGAGUAUGAACAGCAUCAGAAUGAAAAAGUUUUGGCAAGAACUGAGAAAGAUAAUGAUAAAAGUAGGGCCGAUGGUACUAUCGUAGCAGUUUACGACUUAAAGGCAGUUUUGCAGAUUCCAAAGGGACAAAUAUCACUAUUUUUUUAUAAAUCCAGGAUCAACUGUCUCAAUUUUAGCAUCAGCGAUUUAAGGACAAAAGAAAGUUAA